AUGGAUCUUCAAGGCACUCCCAUCGCUCCCGGCCCCCGCAGCACCAAGGUCACCACCGACCCUCGAGCCACCCAGCAACCCAUUCACGAGCCUUCCGGUCCUGUGACUAACGACUCCCUCGCUGCUGAGUCUGUUCGCAGCGGCGGUGGUUUCUCUCAAAACCGAGGCGCCGAGCCUGCGGGCGUCUCCGGCAACCAGUCCACUCUAAAGAACACCGACACCUCAGCCGCAACCACCCUCCCCUCUGCCCCCGUCCGUGCUCUUCGUGGAGACCACCAGCGCCAGGACAAGUACCCCGAGGCCCUGGGUGGCCAGGGUCACUUCCCUGGAGCCCACGGCACUGGCUACGCUGGCGGCUCGACCGCCGCUAAGCAACAGAUGGGCAUCAACAAGGGCGAAUACGCUGCCUCUCAGCACUUGCCAGGCCAGGCAGCUGCCAGCGGUAGCAGCCAGUACAACAAUGUCCAGGCGCCUUCUUAUGUCAAUGACGUGACCGACGGCUAUCAGGGUCAGAAGCCUAAGGGCCAGAACCUGCCCGCUGGUGGUUUCCCUGUCGAUAGUAAGAACGCGAGCUUCACGUCUGCUAUAGGUUCUGAGAUGGAUCCUGGCCGUGCUGCGGAGAACAAGUUCCAGCGCACAGUGGCUGAGAGCGCAUUGGAUGUUGGUGGUCCUCGUCAGAAGGGUAUCGACAAUCAGAACUUGUUCGAGAAUCUGAAGAGUGAUCAGCGUGCAUAA